CGGAGGUGAAGCGAGCGGCACGAGGACGGUGCUAAUUUCUGCUUUCUGUCGGUUUGGAUAAAAGGUUGAGCAGCAAUGGCAUCAAGGGCAGAGGAAGUAAUGAACGAUGAACGCUUCAGCCGGGUGAUGAAGGACCCCAGAUUCUGGGAGAUGCCUGAGAAAGAGCGUAAAGUCAAGAUUGAUAAGAGAUUUCAAGGAAUGUUUCACGAGAAGAAAUUUAAACUGAAUUACACUGUGGAUAAGCGGGGAAGACCAAUCCACCACAGCACAACAGAGGAUCUGAAGCGUUUUUAUGAUUUGGACUCAGAUGAUUCUGACUUGGUCGAUGAUGAAUGCACAGAGAACAAAAGGAAAGAGGUGGAGAAAAAGAUGAAAAAAAGGAAAAGUGGUUUCAAUAAAAAUCUGGAAGGCAGCACAAUGGUCAACAAAAAGGAAAAAACCAAUUCACUCAAAGGGACAAAAUCAAAAGAAGUUAAAAAGCCAGAAACUCAGAUGCCCAAUGAUAAUGUCAAGAUAAAUUUUAAUAAGGAAAGGCUUAAAACAAUAGCAAGUGAAGAGACAGAAUUGAAAGAUGGUGGUUCUGAAGGUAGUGAAGAAAUGGAGCAACCCAAAAAUGAAUUCAUUUCCAGCUUUAAACUGCUAAAUAAAAAUAUCACUAGAAAUCAAGAAGGAAUAAAAUCAAAGAAGAGUUUAGUUAAAAAAUGUGUUUCAGAGGAUGACACUAAAUUAGAAAGUGAUACCUAUGAAGAUGACAUUGAUGAUGAAGGUCAAUGGAGUGGAAGUGAAUUUUCAUGGUCAAGUGGCCAAAGUUCAGGGAAGGAAAGUGAAAUCACAGCAGGCAGUGAAGAUGAAGAGGAAUUGUCAGACGAGGAUACUGACAGUGACAGUGGUCCUGACUUGGCCAGAGGAAAAGGAAAUAUUGAAACAAGCUCUGAGGAAGAUGACUAUUUUGAUGAUCCAUUGGUAAAUGAGCCAGAAAUCGAGCACGACUGGGGAGAGCUAGAUAAGGAAGCUCCACGUGAAAAUACGAUCACUCGGCGAUUUGCAGUUUGCAAUAUGGACUGGGAUAAAAUAAAGGCAAAUGAUCUGAUGGUGUUAUUCAAUUCAUUUAUCCCCAAAGGUGGUGCUGUGUUAUCUGUGAAGAUCUACCCUUCAGAAUAUGGAAAAGAAAAAAUGAAAGAGGAAGAAUUACAUGGGCCUGUGGAAUUACUUUCUAAUAACUUACCAGAAAAUGCAGAUGAAGACACUCAUGAGCAAAGAAUUAUCAGGGAAAAAGUGCGAGAGUACCAAUUCAAACGGCUGAAAUACUAUUAUGCGGUAGUGGAAUGUGAUUCUCCCGAAACAGCCAAUAAGCUUUAUGAAGAAUGUGAUGGAAUGGAGUACGAAAGCAGCAGUUCCUUUCUGGAUCUCAGGUUUAUACCAGACGAAUUAACAUUUGAAGAUGAGCCAAAGGAUGUUGCUGCAGAUGUGAAUUUGGCAGCGUACAAACCAAAAUAUUUCACUUCAACGGCACUCGGCUCAUCAAAGGCCCAGCUAACAUGGGAUGAGACUAACCAUGAGCGUGUUGCGACAUUAACAAAGCGAUUUAAUAAGGAUGAAAUUAAGGAGAUGGAUUUCAAUGCCUACUUGGCUUCUUCAAGUGAGGAAGAUGAUGAUGAUGCAGAUAUAGAAGAAGAGGAGGAAUCACAACAAGAUAAAGAUGUAAGAAGUACAUCAGAAAGUAAAAUGACAGUUAAGACAAAAAAGGAUGAUGAACAGAUUUCAAAAUAUAGAGAGCUACUGAAAACAAUACAACGAAAAGAAGAAAAAAAUAAAGACAUGGAAAUGGAGAUCACCUGGGUUCCAGGUCUGAAAGAAACAACGGAAGCAAUGGUAAAGAAGAAGUUGGAGAAUCAAAACAAAUUAACACCUUGGGAGCAAUACUUGGAGAAAAGAAAGGACAAGAAACGCGAGAAGAGAAAGAAAAAGAGCAAAGUGGAAGAUCAGGAGGUUAAAAAUACAGGUGAACUGAGUGAGGAUGAGAUUCCCUCUGAUGUAGAUUUAAAUGAUCCCUUCUUUGCAGAAGAAUUAGAGAAGUCGGCACCACAGCAAAAGACAGUGAACAAAAAGAUCCAACGGUCAAGGAAUAAACCAUUGACAGCAGAAGAAGAAGCCAGUUUAGAAAAGGGAAAGGCGGAAAUGGCCUUGCUCUUGAUGGAUGAUGAAGGUGAAGAACGAAAACAUUUUAAUUACGACAAAAUCGUGGAACAACAGAACCUUAGCAAAAAGAAAAAGAAGAAACUCAUUAAAAAGCAAGAGUUAAUUGAAAAAGACAACUUCCAGGUGGAUGUUGCUGACCCAAGGUUUCAAGCCAUUUAUACUUCACACCUGUUCAACCUUGACCCUUCAGACCCCAAUUUUAAGAAAACAAAUGCUACACAAUCUUUUCUGCAAGAAAAGUCAAGACAGAGGCAAGAGCAGCAGAAGCAGGCAACUUCUCUCGCGAGAGAGAGUGAAAUUACUGGAGAGGAAACAGUGACCAUCAAGAAACCUGUAGACCAUGGACUUUCCUUGCUCAUAAAAUCAGUGAAAUCAAAAACGGAGCAAUUUCAAGCCCGAAAGAAACAAAAAACUGUGUAACAGAACCUAUGUACAAAGAUAGAAUAUUUUUUAAUAAGAGGAGUCUUGAGUUUUGAGUCUUGAAGAUGUCAUAAAUUUCAUAAAUUUAAUAAUUUUAUUAACUUUCCAGAGUGGGUAUGUACAGCUUUAUUAUAAAUUUAAAGUUCAUGAGAUCCUGUAGGACUAGAUCAUGGUUUAACUAUAUUCUUUUUCUUAACAGUUGUGUUUCAGUUUAAGUCCUUCUACUGCUGAGAAUUGAGCUUUAAAGAACUGUGGGCAGUAGUUUUUUUUUGUUGUUUAUCUCCACAUCCCAAAUGUUCUUUGAUCAUUUAUUAUUAUUCAGAUGUAUUUCUAAAAUGCCACAUCAAUAAGAAUAUGCUUUCUGUUAGGAAAAAAAAUACAAUAUGGAAAGCAAACACAGAAAAUAGCCCAAAGCUAAAUAAUGGAGAUUAAUUUCCACCAGAUCAAAAUUCAUGACAUUAAGGAAAAUAUGUGCCAGUAGAUUUUUGUUUAUUUUAUCCAUUCAUGUUCACAAAAAAAUUCACAAGUGUAGUGAAAACCUGUAGAAAUAGAACAAAGAUUCUCUGUGUUGUUCAUGUCCAUUUUUAUUCAACCAUGGUAUGUGUGGCCUCCGUCGGUCGUGGUCGACCACGGGUAAUGCGCCUCUGGUAGUCACUGGUUAAGCAAAGCUGGAGUGGCCUCUCCAGGGCAGAGCUGACUUGGAGGUCUGUCUGUUGCCCAUGCAGUAGGGCCCCACCUCUCCAUGCUGAUGACGGGUCCAAAGGAACGACAAAAGUUGAUACAGUUUGGUGCCAGCAGCAUCACAGGAGUUGCUGUGCUGGUGCUGGGAACCUUAGUCAGCGGCCUUCGGGACUCCGACUCCAGAUAUUUCCUUGAAAUUUACUCCCAAAGCCUUUCCUGUGAGCGGGUAUAGCCGCAAGGCAGCGGAGGUUUGAAAUUGGAGUUUUCCCUCUUCUAGAUGAUCUACCAUCCGUGGUUAACGAGCCCCAUCUGCCCAGAGCAACUGGUUUUAUGGUGCCAGUGGCCUGCCUUUGCCCCUUCUCCUGUCAGUGAGAACAGCUCCGCCAGGCAUAAGAACUAUGCCACACGUGAAGGCCAGGAGUUGGACUUGGUUGUCAGAGGCUGUUUGAGAUGCACGCCAUGAAGAGCAUUUGUUUAGCAGUGGGAGCUCGUCCCCACUACCACCCUUCGGCUGUGACUAUCUUUGGAGCCAACCAUGGUGGCCACUUUAAAUUUGACAGAACAGAACUUUGUAACAAUACUGAACAAUUCAUGAAAAUUCUGUUAUAAUGUAUUCCUAUUAAACUGUAAUUUUUAGGAACUUAAAAGCUGACAACUGAUGUAUAACUAAGUGUCUGGCACACUAAAAUGUCAUACUUGAUUAGAGUGUAUUCAUGAAACCUAUUCAAAAGGAAGGCAAAGCUCAUUGCCUCAAAUAUUCAUCAUCAUCAUCAUCAUCAGGUAACGUGCUCAGUUUGAGCUUUGACUGCCAUGGCCCACACACUACUGUUUCGGGUCAAGUGGAUCAAUCCAUUGGUAUUCAUUUCCAGUUCACUGGCUGCUGUCUCCAUCAUCAUUUGUCUUUGUCUUCCUCUUGCUUUCUUCCCUUCAAUCUUUCCCAUAAUUACCAUGCAUUCUAACUCCUCUCUCCUAAUCACAUGUCCAAUGAAGUUAUGUUGCCUUUUCAUGAUCUCAUAAAUUAUUUCUUUUUUGUGUUUGCUCUGUUCAUGACAUCCUCGUUAGAUAUUCGUUUCGUCCAUGAUACUCUUUGCAUCCUCCUCAAAAACCACAUCUCUGCUGCUUCAAUUUGUUUCCUCAUGUUACCAGAUAUUAUCCAACAUUCUGAGUCAUAUAACAUAACUGGAUAAACGUAACAUUUCAGUACUCUGAGGCGGGUUGUCAUGCCUAGUUUAGUAUUGGUCAGUAUACUCUUCAUUCUCGUGAAGGUGUCUUUUGCCAUCCCUAUUCUUCUUUUGAUGUUCAUGUCGCACCUGCCAUCUGAUGUCACCUAGCUUCCUAAGUAGCAAAAGUUCUGUACUUGUUUUAUGUCUUCCCCGUUUAUUCUCAGCCUGCAGAUAGGAUUCUCCUUCUUUUUGGAUAUCACCAUACAUUCUGUCUUUUUGCAAUUGAUAGACCCAUUUUUGCACUUUCUUCAACAAUUAUAUUAAGUUUUGUAGUUCUUCCUCCAUACUUGCAAUUAACAGUGUCAUCUGCAUAUCUGAAAUUAUUGAUGUUUUCACCGCCAACUUUGAUUCCCAAGAUGUCUCUUAUUUUUUUGUAAUAUUGUUUCACUGUACACAUUAAACAAAUCAGGGGAGAAAACACACCCUUGUCUAACACCUCUCUUGAUUUUCGUAAACUGACUCACUUCUCCAUCUAUUCUUACAGCAGCAGUUUGUUCCUGGUACGGAUUUCUGAUUAGGCGGAGGUCUUUCGAAUCUAGAUCAAGAGUUUUGUGUAAUCUUUCAAACAACUUAUUGUGCUUCACUUUACCAAAUGCUUUUGUGUAGUCGAUAAAACAAACAAACCUUUUUGCACUUGAAUAGCUCGUUCUGAUGGUAUCCUUAACGUCAAUAUUGCGUUUUUUGUACCUUUGUCUUUUGCAAAGCACAUUGUUCUUUACUUGCUUCAGCUUGCAUCUUACUUUUAGCUCUUGUCAUCAAAAUUCUUAGAAGUAUCUUGGUGAUAAGACUUUAUUAAAAUUAUGGGCCUAUGUAAUUCACAUUCUAUUGCUCCAGGUUUCUUAGGAAGAGUGAUAAAUACUGAUUUUUUUCAUCUCUUCUGGUAUUAUUCCAGUCUCAUAAAUGUCAUUGAUUAAAUCAGUAAGUUUUUCAAUUCCAUAAUCUUCAAGGGUGAUAAUUUGUUCUAUUACUAAUUCAUUGGGACCUGCUGCCUUUCCUUUCUUCAUCUUAUUUAUUGCAUUAUGAACUUCAGAUUUUAAAAUACUUGGACCUUCAAUGUUUUUCUUAAUUUCUGGUUUUUCACCUCAAUCGCCUUCAAACAAUUCCUGAAUAUACUCAGUCCAUCUGUAAUAAUCUCAUCUUUUUCCAUGAUAAUGGUACUGCCCUUUGCUUUCAAACAUCCACCUGAAGAACAGAGGAGCUUUUUAGAAAGCAUAGAAAAACUACAGCACAGAAACAGGCCUUUUGGCCUUUCUUGGCUGUGCCGAACCAUUUUCUGCCUAGUCCCACUGACCUGCACAUGGACCAUAUCCCUCCAUACACCUCCCAUCCAUGUAUCUGUCCAAUUUAUUCUUAAAUGUUAAAAAAGAACCCGCAUUUACCACCUCGUCUGACAGCUCAUUCCAUACUCCCACCACUCUCUGUGUGAAGAAGCCCCCCCCCCUAAUGUUCCCUUUAAACUUUUCCCCCCUCACCUUUAACCCAUGUCCUCUGGUUUUUUUCUCCCCUUGCCUCAGUGGAAAAAGCCUGCUUGCAUUCACUCUAUCUAUACCCAUCAUAAUUU